AUGAACUACAAUGCGAGGCAUCCGCCCACAAAAGAAGAGGCCGCUGUCGCCCGUUGGGCGGCACGAGACAUAGCCCAUACCCAUACUAGAGAGUCUGCCAAGCUAAGAGAGAUCAAAGAAGGCGAGGAAAAGGUCCUUGUAUUGACACUUUCGAGCGAUCUAGCGAUGAAGUUCCAGCGAGCAUUAUCCAUGGGUCGACAGCAUAGAUUAUCUGCUCAUUAUACGAAAGCGAAAUUGAAAGAGACAAGAACCGAGCGACUGGACAAUGCAGCUCUUGUCGAGACACUUGAGUUUGAGUUGCGACUCAAGAAGAUGGAAAUUGAACAGGCUCUCGUUCCGAGUGACAAACAAAGAGAAGAGCUUAGUACUUUGGCUCGAGGUUUCCAUCGAAUGCGCAAUAAAAACGACGUGAUCGAGAAGAACUUGAUCACACUGGAGGAAGGCGACCAAAGAGAGGUCGAGCGAUGGAGAGAUGCGUGGUUUGAAGUGGAUAAGCUGCUAGAUAACGUAUGGAUGGAAGCUGGAAUACUGAAGCAGUAUGAAAGCACCGGUGAAGAUCGAACCGAGAGACCUGCGGCGACACCUGGCCAUCGAUCCGGUAGGGAAAGGGGCUUGGCUGGCGGACAGGAGUCGAUCGCUCUCAGUCAAGACGUAGAAGGCGGACGGAAAACGAGCCACGUGGAAGACACAGACGUCAAGACGGGACGCGAGCUGUGGACGACAGCGAUGAGGUUGACCAGCGAAAUGGUAGCUCCGAUCAAGAAGACAGAAAUCGCCAUAGGCGUAGUCCGUCUGCUGACAGCAAAACAAGGGAGGAACGAACUUUACGAAUCGAACGGCUUGUUAGGCAAGAGCGUGAGGAUUUUGAACGCGGAAGAAGAAGCAGCUCAAGACUACGCUCGCGACAAGCUUCAGCUCAACGAAGAGAAACCAGACAAAGAAGGAGGGAUUCUCCGAGGCUGA